GAAAAGUUCCCCGUCGCAACCUCUACCCGACAGGUACAUCAACUAACUCCCUCGACACCUGGACAAUCAAUCCAGCAGCAGACGGGAAAAAUGGGGAGAGUGAUCAGAAAUCGUUGGUUUUUCGAAUUCUCCUGGUCGCAAAGGGUACUGACGGUUUUUCGCAGAGAGAAAGGGUCGCGGCUCGAUCUUUACGGCCAACACCCGUCUUAACAAGGCACCCGCACAAUUCAGAACCCUCGAUUACGCUGAGCGACAUGGCUACGUUCGUGGUGUCGUCGUAAGAACCUGAGUACCUCGUUGGAAAGGCAUUUUGGAAUACUGACUCUGGGGCAGAAAGACAUCAUUCACGACCCAGGACGAGGAGCACCAUUAGCAAAGGUUGUCUUCCGUGACCCAUACCGAUUCAAGCUUCACACCGAGACCUUCAUCGCAAACGAGGGAAUGUACACUGGUCAAUUCAUCUACGCCGGCAAGCACGCCUCUCUCACCGUCGGAAACGUUCUCCCUCUCGGAUCAGUGCCAGAAGGAACUGUCAUCACCAACGUCGAGGAGAAGGUUGGAGAUCGUGGAACUCUUGGUCGUACAUCUGGAAACUAUGUGACCGUUAUUGGACACAACCCUGAUGAGGGCAAGACCCGAGUUAAGCUUCCAUCCGGUGCAAAGAAGGUCAUCAAGAGCAGCGCGCGUGGUAUGAUCGGUAUUGUUGCUGGUGGCGGUAGAACCGACAAACCUCUCUUGAGUACGUUGAAAUUAUGCAGAAUUUUGGUUGGGAAAUUUGGGUGCUAAUAAUAACUACAGAGGCAUCUCGUGCUAAGCACAAGUUCGCUGUCAAGCGUAACUCAUGGCCAAAGACUCGUGGUGUUGCUAUGAACCCCGUCGACCAUCCUCACGGAGUAUGUGAAACCAAAAUCAGUAGCAUCCAUGCAAAAUUGCUAACAAAAAAUAGGGUGGUAACCAUCAACAUAUUGGUAAGGCAUCGACAAUUUCGAGAUACGCUGCACAAGGUCAAAAGGCUGGUCUCAUUGCUGCUCGCAGAACUGGUCUGUUACGUGGUACCCAAAAAACCAAGGACUAAAUGGUUGGGGUGGAGUUUUUCUUUGGUUUUUCGGGAUGCUGGCUUCGCAUUUAUGUAGCUCUCGAAAAGAGCAUAGCGAGGAUGAACGAAACACUUUGAGCAUGAUCUUUCAAAAGCUGCACAAUCGUGAAAUGAUAAUGGCGUUUUGGGUUGUGUUGUACCCAGAGGAAUAUUCAAGGUCACAAAAUAUCUGAAUGAAAGAAACAACAAAUA